UUAAAAUGCCAAGAAGUAGAAAACCAAAUGACUCCUCUGCAAAUAGGAGGGAUGAAGAGGAAAAGCAUAGAGGAGAUAGCUCAGGCGGGAAAAAGGAUGAGUGGACCCAGAUGAGGACAAUAUUAUCCAGAAUCCACUCAGAUAUCGAAAAAGAUCAAGGGAAUGUCACCUAUAGCGCCUUUAUGGCCGCGGUCUACGCUUACUAUGUCACAAAUGAGGAGGAGUUUUAUACCUUCAUUAAGUAUAUUGAAGAAUAUAUCAAUAAUAACAGGAUUAAGAUAGACGGCACAAUGUCUAGAGAAGAACUAAUUCACCUCUGAAUGCCCUGCCAUUCAAGAGCCAAGUUGCUUGAUUCUCCAGACCCAGUAGAAGUUAUGCUCUUCUUUGAGCUCAUAGAUAUAGAGAUGACUGGAACUAUAGAACUCGAUGAACUCUCUAAAAGACUUGCUGAGGUAAACUGAUUCGUUGACUCCGGAUGUGACUACAAGACAUAUACCAAGAAUUUGAAAUCAUACGGAACAGUUAAUAAGGAAUUCAGAGAGUCUAUUACAAAUAUUAUAGAUCAGUUAAGUCUCAAGGAGGACAACUUCCUAACACCUGAGGAGUUCUAUAAUUUCGUAGCCGCAGCAAUGGAAAUCAAUGGGGCCAUUCAGAAAUAAUGGCAGUUGGAAUAAAUUUAUAAGCUCAAUUUUCAAUAUAAA